AUGACACGCAUCUACGUUAAAGAUGAGAACUCUAACAAGUUACCUUUCGACUUAUUUGUGAUUAUCGGAAUGUGCGCCUUUCUAGACUUCUUCUGUAUGAAUCAGGUCAUGCCAAAUGUUCCAUUUAUGGUUGCUGAUUUCUUCCCAGAGGGUAUCUUACCUCGUGCUACAAUUUGGGUGGUAUUUUUGGCAAUUUAUUCUGGGGCUUUUUGGGAUAACAUGAGGAAAGGUACUGCCAUUUUUUGUCAGCUCUUCGGACUUGCUCCAAAUUAUGCCUUGGCCAUUGUUUUCCGUACUUGCUGGGGACUGAUGAACUCCACUGUCGGAGUUGUGAAGACCUAUGUUGCGGAAAUGUGCAAUGAGCGCACCAUGGCCGUUGGUUUUUCGGUAAUUAGUUCUGCAGGUGGUCUGGCUCGUGUCGUGGGUCCUUUGGUGGGCGGUUUUCUGAGUAAACCCGAAGAAAACUUCCCGUCUUUGGUUCAUAUGAUGCCAUGGCUACGAAACGUUCGAUACUGGAUCCCCUGCUUUGUGGGUGGAAUAUUAUGUCUGUUUACUGCCAUCUUUAUGAUUUUCCGUGCACCGGAAACUCUUUCGCGCGAACAGGCCAAACAAGCGAAACUGGACAAAAAGAAGAACGCGGAGCGUGUGAAGGAAAUCAAAGUGAAGUUGGAGACAAAGAAGCAAAUCACGAGAGAAGAAGAAAUGUUGCUUAUGCUCAGUCGAGACACGUAUUUCGAUCUGUUCCGUAAUCGCAAUGUAAUGAUCACGUGCACGUUGUAUGCACUCGUGGGCAUGGUCCAGUCCGCCCAAGACUCUCUUCUUCCACUCUAUCUAAUCAAUUCGGUUGAAAAGGGAGGUUUUAACUUUGACCAGACGGAUAUCGGUUGGUUAUAUACUGGAAUUGGUCCCAUCCAGAUUGUGUUUAAUCAUAUCCUUGUUGUGUGA